AGUAGUAUUUUAGAAGUAAAUUGUCAUUCUUAUCUACAUAGAAUAGUUAAUCAAUGUGAAUAUCUAAUGUAUAAUAUUAAGUGUUCUUUAUUUAGUGUGUUUAUUUAGUGACAAAAACAGAAGUUUGUUCGUACUGAAAUUAUUUCCACGACAUAUACUAGCCAACUUAGGUAGCUAGCUAGCGUCAACAAACUUCAAUUGACUAAGCCUGGAUAGCGUAACGGGUUCGAGAGACCCUGUCUAAACGUGCGAUGCUGUUAACCGUUUUCUGUGCGCCGAAUGAUCGCCCUGAAAUCACAUUUGCUCUCGAUGUGUCUCCAGAACUUGAUCUGAGAGAUUUUGUGGCUCUAUGUGAACUGGAAUCUGGAAUACCUGCUGUAGAAAUCCAGAUCACAUAUGCAGAACAGCCCCUGAAAGACUUGACCCGUGCAUUAGGGACCUAUGGAUUAAAGGAUGGAGAUGUGGUGGUGCUUAGGCAGGCAGAGAGACGGCCACCGCAGACACAACCAGCUUUCCCAGGUCUGCCUCGUAUCGACUUCAGUUCCAUCGCGGUCCCCGGCACCUCUUCCGGUCCCAGUCAGCGUUCGACCCGCAGGCAGCAGCAACCAGCUGCAACCCCGCGGCAGCAGCUCUCAUCCCCGCCUGCCGCGCCCCCCUCCCUACCCGGUUCUUCCCCUCAGGGUCUGGAUGACCCUGCCUUACUGCAGCAGAUGCUCCUGGCCAAUCCCCACGAGCUGUCGCUUCUCAAGGAGCGCAACCCACCGUUGGCCGAGGCCCUGUUGAGCGGAGACCUGGAGCGUUUCACCAAAGUGCUACUGGAGCAACAGCAGGACCGGGCUCGCAGAGAGCAGGAGAGGAUCCGGCUUCUGACUGCUGACCCGUUUGACAUGGAGGCCCAGGCCAAGAUCGAGGAGGACAUCAGGCAACACAACGUGGAGGAGAACAUGACCAUUGCCAUGGAGGAAGCCCCGGAGAGCUUUGGCCAGGUGGUUAUGCUCUACAUCAACUGCAUAGUCAACGGCUACCACGUCAAGGCUUUUGUGGACUCUGGGGCUCAGAUGACCAUCAUGAGCCAGGCAUGUGCCAAGCGCUGUAACAUCAUGCGUCUGGUGGACCGGCGCUGGGCCGGCAUCGCCAAGGGAGUAGGAACCCAGAAGAUCAUCGGCAGAGUCCACUUGGCUCAGGUCCAGAUUGAGGGGGACUUCCUGCCUUGCUCUUUCUCGAUCCUGGAGGACCAGCCUAUGGACAUGCUGCUUGGACUGGACAUGCUGAAGAGACACCAGUGCUCUAUCGACCUGAAGAAGAACACGCUGCUGAUCGGGACCACGGGCACCGAGACCCGCUUCCUGCCCGAGGCCGAGCUGCCGGAGUGCGCCCGCUUGGCGUACGGCCCGGAGGGGCGUGACGACGCCCAGCCGGACGAGAUGGCCGACAGAGAGCUGGCCGAGGCCCUUCAGAGAUCGGUCCAGGAGAGUGAUACUGCAGAUGGACAAACUACCUCACCGGAAUCCCAACCAUUCCCAACUCCAAGAGCCCUCAGCAGCACGCCCAUGUCGCCGCCCCCUCCCCCCGGCCCCCCACGGAGCCUGACCCUGGACCGCUCUCAGUCCGCUCCAGACUACGUGCGCCGGGCCGGUGCCACAACACCUGUUCCGACCCGGCCUGAUUUCCAGAGUCUCCCCGUCCCCGGGUCCUCAUCCAAGGCCCAGAACGCUGAAGCUCCAGCCGAGCAGCCACCGCUCUCAUCCCCUAGUCUUACCGACCUGCCGGAGCCCCUCCCGACCCUGGAGCCCGCAGCUCAGGAUCUGUCCGAACCUGCCCCACUUGCUGACAAGACUGGCACUCCUGGCCCGGGUUGUUCAGAUGACACAGUCGCUCCUGUCACGGAGAUGGGUUCCGGCACUAGGACGGAGAACGACCCCCUGAUCCCCCACCCAGAAGACGGCCUCCCCGCGCAGCCCAUGGAACAGGAGGAGGACACGUCCGACCUCCCCACAGAUCACCAGGCCUGUCUGAGCUCCCCGUGCCAGCCCGGUGGUGACGGGGAACGGGGCCAUCUGAGCCCCGAUCCCCCUCCGGUCACCCUGGAGCCUUGUCCUUCCGGAUCAACCCCUGCCGAGAUGGAGUCCCUGCCGUCCCAUUCGCGGAGCUCCGCGCCAUCGGAGAGGGACCAGCCGGAUGGGGAGCGCGGCCCCAACUCGGACCCCAUCCCCUCUCUGGCCCAGGCCCUGCUGGAGCUCCACGAGCUGCUGGUGUCCAACCGCUGCGAUGUCUCUCGCUCCCCCUCAGACAGGCAGGACGCCGACGGGCUGGACGGCAGCCUUGACCCGCCAGCGGCGCCUGGAACCCCAGCACCCGACGCCACCAGCCAAUCAUCCACGUCGACUGCUACCGCAGCCGGUGAGGAGAGCUGUGAAAACGAACCUGCCACUGACUCUGGCAGGGGGACGCCUCCUGAGUGUGACCUAUCCGGCUCCUAUAUCCAGGAGCCAAGCCUGGGGGCCAAGGCCGAACCCGGAGAUGGGCCGCGAGAAGCGGAACUGCUGUGUCCAAGCAGCUCCAGGAGGGAAAAUACAGCCGAUGGCUUUGGGUUGGAAGACGUAAGUGAGAGCAGAGGCACUGUGCCGGAGGUCGAGGGUUUUGCUCCGUCCUCGCUCCAAGCAGACCUGGAGGUCAGGGAACCCCCAGAGGGGCAUCAGGGAAGGGGCGUGGCCGACGGGAGGGCCUCUGGCAACGACAACCUAGACAACGUCAGCCUCCAGCCUGAGCCGGCCCAGCAGAGCCCCCUGGCUGUAGCUUCGGGCUUGCCUGACGAGGACGUUUCGCCCUGCACCUCACCACCUCAAACUCAGGCCUCGGUCCUCCAUCAACACCCCUCUUCGUCCCCGGCCCCCCUCUCGCCCACUCCUCUUCCACUCCCCUUCGCCGGACAGUUUCCGUCUGAGCACAUCCAGAGGAUCCUGGCGUCUGGUUUCUCUGCCAGGGAGGCCGUGGACGCGCUGGAACAGGCCCAGGGCAGCGUGGAGCUGGCUCUGCUGGCGCUGUUGGCCCGCAAGAUCACUGUGCCCACCUAGACCCGUCGUUGCCAGCGUGCGGGCGUCCCUGCCUCUUCGACAUCGGUCUCAUUCGUACUGUUGUCUUAUUGUCAAAGGUGACAUCUGGUGAAACUGGGCCUCUUGGCUUCUACCUGGGGAUGGGGAAAUGCUUUCUGUCCGUUGGCCUCUUGGUUCAGAUUCUUUCUUCAUUUUUUUUAUUCCUGGAUUUAGCCAAAUAUGACCUAAGGUGUGUUUGCAUGCAGCAGCUGUUGGUGCCUGAAAAUGAACCCGAUUUGUCGGUUUCGUAAAAUGGGAUGUGGUCAAAGAAUUUUAUCUCCCCCAAAAUAACCCCUUGCAUAUUUCAUUCUAAACCCUGAUUGAACUGCCCCCUUGGAGAAAUCAUAUAGGUAAAUGUUUACAUGUGUGAAAUGGCAUUUUAAAAAGGGCUUAGGGUAACCUAAAACAGUAUGUUUAAGAAAUAAAAUGUCAGGUUUGCGAGGAAUGUUAUCGAUCUGGGAAACUAUUCUUUUGUUUUUAAUUGAUGUUUAUUUGAAGUGGAUUCAGAUUCUGAAUUAUACCCAUCAGACAGUUAUACACUGGGAAAUGGCUGCAUCUGAAACCAUUGCUAACUGGUGAUCUGUCUUUCCCUGCCAGAGUUCUUGUUAGAUUUUUGCCAAUCCUGGGGCACUUGAUGGCUGUUUACCUUUUUAGACAGCUAACAUGAGGUGAAAAAUCAAGCAGCACUAUUUUUCAAAUUACCUUUAAUUUCCCUUAUUACCUGGUUUAUGGAGCAACAUCCAAAAAGCUGAGGACUUAUUCAGCAAAGAAUUAUGAGAUCAGUACAUUGAAUAUUUCAGAGUAAUGUAAUUGAGAGAUUUUGCAGGUAAAGCAUAAGGUCUUCAAACAUAACCACAUGUUUAAUACAAACAUCUUUGGAAAUGUGAUGUGGUCAUUUUACAUAAAAGGGGUUUGGUAGCUACUGGUGAAACCUCUGUGUCCGAUAUCUACAACGUCUUACGUGUAGAUUUACUCUACAGUAUCUGUGUAGAUUUAAUCAAGCUGCUGGCCGUCAACUGGUAAUCUGUCACAGUCCAAGUCUAUCCAGCUGUCAGAGCCUUUGCUAUCAUUUGUCAGUCAUAUAUCCAUUAUCCAACUUUUUUUUUUAAUUGUAUCUGGGUCAUAUUCAUAUAACAUCUAGGCAGAUGGAAUUAUUUAAUUUGAUCUUGUAAUCAUUUUAAAGUCCAAAAUAAAAUUAAACUGGUUCUUUGUAUUGUA